AUGGCUAUGCGAACCAAGGAAAUUAUAGCGCGGAUGCGUGAACGCUGGGAAAGUAUAAAAAGGACCGGCUAUCUCCUAAUCCAAGUAAGCCGACCCGAAUAUUGCUCUUCGAGCUGCUGGAAAGAGGGAGUUCACUCUAUUCCUUCGCUGGUGCUUGAAGCUCCGGCGCGGCAAGAAUGGGCGACGGUUAAAACGAAUCAAAAAGGCCAGUACACUGGACACGAAUUAGAAGAUGUUUCUCCAUAUCUAAUAGAUGCUAAGCUGGGCCGGCGAAUGCGAAAGAAAGGCCUAGACACCGAAGAAAAGAAGACGCCGAUGUAUAUAGAAGAUCUUGUUCCUCUCCAGGAAACGGUUCUUCGCACCAUAGAGAAGCGCUUCUAUAUCGGUCUUCAGAGGAUGCAACAAAACACUUUCCUGAUUCUAGAGAUUAUCUACGAUCCGUCGCUCAUGUUGAGUCCUUAUACGUUUUUACUCGGCAUGCUCUUCUACGACGAUGCCUUGCGCCGAAUUGGCACAGACAUAUAG